AUGGGCUCCGCAUUUUCGUCGUUCUUGGGGUCUCUUCCCCCUUUGGGGGACUUCAUCCUUCUUACUCCCCAGGCCUAUACAACCCUGCUCAACAUUUUCCAAUACUUCCCACUCUCGCUCGUCCAAUGGGCAGUCUCCUGGCACCCUGCAGGCAAAGGCUCCUACCAGAGCUCCUGGCUGAACAUCCCAGGCAAACUAGGCUGGUUCAUCAUGGAGCUCGUGGGACCGGUGAAUCUGCUCUACCUGCUUUACAAAUUGCCGCCAACGCUCAACAUUAGCUCGCUUCCGCUAUCUAAUAAGCUCGUUGCAACCCUCUAUGUAAUCCACUAUGUCAACCGCGCCAUCAUCUCGCCAUUCUUCGCGGCCCCCAGCAUGUCUCCCAUCCAUGCGACCGUCGCCAUCAUGGCGGUGCUGUUCAACUGGCUCAAUUCGUCGUGUCUGGCCGGUUGGCUGGUGGGAUACCACGUCCCGGUGCUGGGGUACAAGACCGAUGGCACCGUCUCGGGCGCUCCGGGAGGGUCGUCGCGAUACUCCCCCGCAACGCACUUCCUGCCCUGCCUGGGGAUGGUCCUCUUCGCAGCCGGCAUGAUAGGCAAUAUCUACUCGGAGCGCAUGCUCUUCCGUCUCCGCCGCGAAGCAGCAGAGAAGCGCGGCGCGGCCAAGAAGUCUGACGAGGCUAUCACCCAGAAUGAAGACGAGGACCAUCCGACCUUCAUCCAGGUAUCGUCCUCGUCCUCGUCCACUGACGCGAAGGCCAACGCCAACGGCAACAAGACUAAAUAUGACAAGGUCUACGUCAUCCCAGCCGCCCGCGGCGUCUUCCGCUCCAUUCUCUACCCGCAUUACGCCUUCGAAUGGCUCGAGUGGCUCGGCUUCGCUCUCGUCGGCACGGCAGUCUUCCCAACCCGGCAGGCACUCGCCUAUACCUCGCCGCCCUUGCAGAUCGCUCUGUGGCUGAGGCCCGCCGCGGCGUUCGCGGCGAAACUACAGGUUCCCCUGCCUCUUCCAGCAGUCGUAUUUGUUGUUAACGCGGUUGCUAAUAUGUUGCCUCAUGCGCGCUGGGGGAGGAAGUGGUAUGUAGAGAAGUUUGGGGAGAAGGCGGUUGCGGGCCGAGGGGCUGCGGUUCCAUGGUGUUCGUGGCUGUGA